UUCUUUCACAGGUGAAAAUUUGAAGUUUCCUGAUAUUGCAAGGAAUACGAUUUGAACGAUUUGAUCUUUUCAAUUGAGCAAAAUUAAACAUGUCUCAAAGUAUGCGAUCAGACAUGAAUCUUUAUUCCAAGUAUCUUGCAUGCUUUUCCGCUUGUCAACAUCCUACCAUGAGAAUUGCCUGGGAUGAGUUUACUUGUGAAUCACCUCGGAUACCAAUGAAAAUCAAAACAAUAACAAAACAAAAUGACAAUGGAUUAAAAAUUUUCGAAUCGAGUUAAUUUACUCCGCUUAACUGUAGUUAUAUGCAAUUAACUCGAAUAAUUGUUUCGUUAAUGUGAAAUUAUAAUAAUGCCAAGUCAAAACUUGGCUCGUAUCGAUUGGCGGAAAUUAUCAGCGAUUGAAGUGAAUACUUUUGAAUCUGAGCUUCAAUCCAAUCGUUGGUCAGUCUCUGAAAUUGGCUCAAUGAUCGCUUAUUCUUAUAUUGAUUCUGAAUUUGAUUUAAAUUCAGUGGACAGUAAUUUCAUCAAAGUAUUUAAACUGAGCCAAAUUGUUAUUGCUUAUCUUCUGGAAAAAUAUUUCAACCAUUAUGAGCAGCUGAAGGAACAAGUCGAUCAAGCUAAUUACAUUGUGCAAGAAAAUCGCAAACUUCGAAAGCUUCUCGAAGUUUACAAGCAAGCAUUUACAUUUGGUGGAUCAAUUAGUCGAUCGAUUGGAACAGAUAUAAGUGAAGAAAAUCAUGAUAAAUUAUUUAAUCAAUUUCAGUGUCCUGAUUGCCCGAAAGCAUUUGGUAACUCAGUUUAUUUGCAAAGUCAUAUUUAUCGUCGACAUCCGGAAAAUUCAAUUAUUUCUAGAGGGUUAAUGCCACUUACACAACGUAUCAAUCAAUAUCAUUCGGCUCUUCUUCCAUCAGCGACUGUUGAUGAUGUUAAAAAAGAGUUAGAAAAUCUGAAGGAUCAAUUAAAGAAGACAGAAGAUCAAUUAGUUGAAGAAAAAGAAUCUCGAAUGGCCUUGCAAGUUCACUUAGACACCGAAUUGGAAGCAAAGAUUAAACAAUUGACGUCUUUAUUGGAGCUUAAUAAGAAUGGCGAUAAUUCUAAUCUAAUCAGCCAACCGUCUAAUAUUCAGCAAACUGAUGGUGGUUCUAAAUUAUCAUUGGAAGAUGAAAACACAGACAAUCGAGAUGAGACUGAUGGUGAUCAAAUAUCGCCAUCCAAACCUUUAAAUGUGGAAGAAACACAAAACUUGACUGGAUUACUGUUGGCUCACACUCAAGAAGUUCGGAAUCUUGGAAGUAAUUUACAGAAAUUAGUUGAUAAAUUAUGGUCUAAUGAUUCCUUGGCAGGCCUAAAAAGUUCAAAUGAUAUUGGACAACUGGAAAAUGAUAAAAAAAUCGAAACUAAAGUCAACGCACAAUCUACUUCAGAAAAGACUGAGUCAGAAAAUGACCGCGAAUUUUCAAGUCAAGGAAUCCAAGUUUUAUCAUAUUUAGAUAGAUAUAUGGAAGCACUUGGGAUUAUGGACAAAUCAUGCAUCAGGAGUAAUGAAUUUGCCGAAGCAAUGAAAGUAAUAAAAGAAAGAAGAAAAAGAAUUGGAUUCCAAGACAAAGUUGAUUCACUAAAAGACGCUCUUGAGUAUGAAAUAAGAACUCGUAAAAUUGGCCAAACAUUAGCACAACUGAAUGACGAGUCAACAAGCUCAACAAUGCAUGAUAAAUCAUUAAAUGCUUCUCAAAAAGACUCUGUUAAAUCGCCCUGGCUGAUUGCAAAGAGCUCAUUAGAAGAAACCUCAGCAAAACAGCAAGAAAAACAAAAUCGAGUUAGAUUUGGUGGAAUAACUAUCCAGGAAUUGGAUAAAGCACAGCCUCAAGAAUUUAAGGCAGAAAAGGUACCUAAAAAGCUGUGGACAAAACCUAAAUCAGUUUUAAUUAGAAGAGAUGCUCAAGGAAAUCGAAUUGGUAAUGUUGAUAACAAACCAAAAAGAAGAAUCAGUUUCAGUGAAAAGCGAAUUGAAAUCAGUCCAGAAUAUUCCAGUGAUGACGACGACUUUGAUCAAAUGAUGGCUGGUGAAAUACAAACAGCUACAAUUGAAGUUACUGAAGAUGAUAAAUUAGAAUCAAUUAACGAUAGUGCAAUGGAUAUUUCUCUGAACAAAGCACAAUCAUGUCCAAAACCUUUAUAUUUGCAGCCGUCACCAGAGUUAUUAUCAGAUCCUGCUCCACCAACACCUAAACCAAGAGCCUCUAAAUCUUUUGGUCUCAAUGAUCACCUUUCAACAGCAGAUCUAAAGUGGUUUGAUUCAGACGGAAGUGAUGAGAUUGAAGAGGACAAUCUUGAAAGGAAAAAAUCACAAAAAGUCAAUAAUACCAAGAAUAUUGAGAACAGUAAUAAAACGCUUUCAAUGGCUUUGGAUGACGACGAUCAACGUGUUAGUGUGACUGAAUUAACAAAGAUAAUUGAGGAGCAACUGCACAAUAGACAGAACAGGCAGGCCAACAGUAAAACUAAUUUGACAAAUUCUGUGGAUGCUGUUACCGGGAAAAGCAACAAUACAAAUAGUGGCUACGGGGUCAAAGCAAUUGGUACAUUAAAUUAUGACUCUGAUUCUGAUUAGUUCAUCAUUUCUUCUCACUAUUUCAUGUAAAAUUUCAAGAUUUCCGUUAUUUUUUCGUUUAUUUAUUUAAAUCAAUUUUUGAAUGAAAACUCGUAAUCAAUAUAAACCAGAAUGUAUAACUGGUACUCUUACUCUUUGAUAUCAAUUUUCAAUCAAUGUUAACAAGUUAAUGUUUAACUUGCUCUUGUAAUGAUUUUACAAGAAAUUACUGUAAUAGCUUUUAGCUUUCAAACAAGAAUCAUCAAAACAAUUACAACUACUGCUAAUUGUAAUUUGGUAACAAUUUCAAAAGGAAAAUUGACAAAAAUUUUUUGAAACAUUGGAUUUACAUUGAUUCUCAUGAGAAAUAAUGAAAUCAAUAAAUGGUCUCAUCAGAAAUAAAAUAA